AUGAAAUCACCCACGAAACCUAUUACUGAUAUACCUAUGCGCGAUGUAGAAACAACGGAGGCGGCCACCAGAGCAACCAGCCCAUCCCCACGCUCCCGAACACCCGAUGUAUUCGACGACGAGACUACUGCGGACCACGACAUGGGCCUCAACGACCACCUGCUCCCCAUUAAAACGGCGGCCAGGUGGCCGACCAUGGAGGACCUCGAGAAAUCCAUGCAACGUGCAGCCAAAAUGCUUGCAAACUUCUCAAUCCACGCUAAUUACACACCCAGUGUCAUCGAGAGUGCCAAUACCAUUUCCGAUAAACUGACCCAGAUUACUGACAUCGAUAAAAGCCCGAGAAAAACCCCACAGACACAACAGAACUCACAGAAUGCGAACCAACCCCGGCAACCCGGAAACGAGUUUAUGGAACAGAUCGCAAACUCACUGACACUACUGACAUCCCGUUUAGAUACCAUCGAAGUGAAGAUAGCCAGCCCACAGGGGACGGCAACACGAACACAGACACCAGUGACAGGAACCCCGACAAGCGAAAAGCCAAGCAACACUUCUCCGGUCACAGAAGCCGGACCCAGAACGGUACACGCGACGUCCAAACCAAUUGUCCCCAAACCCAAAGGAACAAUGAACAACAACACUAAGGUAGGAAGCAAAGGGAUACCGACAAACCCGCUGGCCGCACACCACCCGUCCCGCCUCAUCGUCGAGAUCCAGAAAGGGGCACCCGGAGGUGAAAGACCUAAGGAAAUUGACCUCGUCAGACAGAUCAACGAUGUACUACAAAGCAGCGAAGACAGCAAGCACCUCAGAGUGGUCAACGUCAAGUUCAACCCACAACAAAACUGCAUCGUAUUCACCCGAGCGGACCAAAGCGCAGCAGAACUUGCGCCCUUUGCUGACCGUUUUACAGAAUAUAUCGCACAGGACAGGCCAACAAGAGUACGACCAGAUGUCCCCUGGUACAAGGUACAACUCAACGGCGUCAACACGUUCAAUGACUACACGAAUGACAUACCGACCCCGGAAGAACUACACGAAGAACUUUGCCUCAACAACCCCACCUACGCCACAAUGCCCAUACUUCAACUCCCACGCUGGAUGCACCACCCGUCCGACCUAAAAACCCAAUUCUUCUCAUCGGUAGUUAUCGCACUGAUGAACGAAGCUGAUGCAGAACACCUGGUGAAACAUGUCAAGAACCUAGCAAUAGCCGGGAGAUUUGCAGAGGUAAAACGCUACGCUGACAAGCCUCCGAUCAUACAGUGCAACAACUGCUGGUCGCUCGACCACACCCGAUGGAGAUGCCACAAAAAACCCAUCUGCCGCCUCUGUGCAGGGGACCACCUGGAAGCCCGACACGUCUGCGACCAGUGCCCCAUGCAGGAUGAGGAGGAAGACGCCAUGAACACCGAAGGCGAACUUUAG